AUGGUACAAACUGCCAAAGGUAAUAAUGGUAGUAACAAUGUAUUGGGAAAUAAAGAUGGGAAUAGAGGGAAAGAUUAUGUUGUAGUUGAUGGUUUUGAAAGGGUUGUUAAAAGGAAAGAAUUAAGAGAGAAAGAUAAAGUUUUAGAAACGGCUGAUCAAAAUCCUCAAAAUGCCGGUGAGAAUAGAACUCCGGUUGAACCAUCAUAUUCAGAAUAUGAGCAAUCCAAGUCCCUUGUUCCAGGAUUAAGCACAGAAGAACUUCAGAAUUUGAGGACUGAAAUUCAAGCAGAGAUUGAUUGUCGUGCGCAAGAGAGGUUACGUCAGAUAGAAGAAGAAAGGAUCGAGAACUUGUAUGGGAGUGCGACAGAGAGUGAUUCUAAGGCUUCUGAUGGUGAAAGUUUUGAGUAUGCUGUGGAGGAGGUCGGCACCAGUGAUCUUGAUUCUGACGCGGCUGAGAAUUGGAGGAUAUUAGCAAGGACCAUGCAAGAGGGUGAGCCUGAAGAAAGGGAUACGGAGAUGCAUGAUGCAGAGAUGGAGAAUGGGGAAACUGACAAAGUUACAGAAGAUGAGAAUUUUGCAUCAUCAAGUGAUACUUCACCGGCAUCAUCUGAAAAUGAUGAUAGUGAGAGUGAGAUGAAACUUGUUUGUGAAAUACUUUUGAUCAAAGGAGGUACUGAGAAGAUAGUAAAUUGUAUAGAUGAUGUAACUACCAAUGAUGAUUACAAAGAGAUGAAGUAA